AGAGAGAGAGAGAAAGAGAGAGUAAGCUCUAGCUCUUCAAUGGUACAAAGGACUGUCCUCAAGGUUGAUAUAGAUUGCCAAAAACGCCAGAGGAAGCUUCUCAAGGCAGUGUCUGUCCUCGAAGGCGUGGAUAAACUUGAAGUUGAUGCAGCCAAGGGAACUUUGACGGUUACAGGCGACUGUGAUCCCUAUGAAAUAAUUGUUCGGACAAGAAAAGCAUGCAAAUAUGCCGAAGUAGUGAGUGUUGGGCCUCCUCCUAAACCUCCAGAAAAUAAGCCCGAACCGAAGAAAACUGAAGAAAAAGACCAGAAGAAAACUGACGAAAAAGACCAGAAGGUCGAGCCCUGUCACAUGCCCUGUUAUUGCCCUGGGCCAUGUCAAAGGUGGGGCAUUUUCUCACUCGGUCAUCCUCAACCAGGUCCAUAACUCGGACACUUCGAAAUGCCGGCCAAUAAAAUCCCCCGGGUUUUCUGUUUCGGAACCGCCGAUACGAAGCUCGACGAGCUCCGAUUCCUCGCCGAGUCGGUCGGAUCCCAUCUCGAUUCUUUCUCCGCAGCUUCCUCGCUCAAGGUCAAAGUCACGGUGGUGGACGUAUCGGCGAGUCGGACCGAGACCGAUACAAAUCCAACCGAUUUCGAAUUCGUUUCGAUAAAGGAGAUUCUCUGUCACUAUUCUGAAGCAGCAGCCGAUCAGCUUCCGGUGGACAGAGGCGAAGCCGUAGCUGUAAUGAGCAAAGCGCUCGAGAACUUCCUUACCAAAGACCAAAAGGACGGCGUUUUAGGCGGAGCCGUUGGUCUCGGAGGCAGCGAAGGCACGGCACUGAUAUCCUCCGCCCUAAGAUCUCUCCUCGGAGUGCCGAAGCUGAUCGUAUUGACCGUCGCAAGCGGGCGGACGGAUCACUAUGUAGGGACUUCGGACCUGGUGUUGUACCCAUCGAUAGUUGAUGUGUGCGGCAUUAAUAUGAGCAGGGCCGUAUUGAGCAAUGCUGCUGCUGCGUUUUGUGGGAUGGUGGUUGGGAGAGUUGGGAGGGGCGGAGGUUCGGAUGGUGGCUGUGGCGGGGUGGAGAAAUCAACGGUGGGGCUGACCAUGUUCGGGGUGACGACUCGGUGUGUGAAUGGGGUGAAAGAGAGAUUGGAGAAAGAAGGGUAUGGAACAUUGGUUUUUCAUGCCACUGGGGUUGGAGGGAGAGACAUGGAGUCUCUGGUUAGAGAUGGGUUCAUAAAGGGUGUUUUGGAUAUCACAACAACAGAGGUUGGAGACAAUGUGGUUUGGGGUGUCAUGGCUUGCGAUGCUUCCCACUUUGAUGCCAUCAUAGAGAAAAGGAUUCCUUUAGUACUAAGUGUUGGAGCUUUGGAUAUGGUAAACUUUGGAGCUAAGGAUACCAUACCAUCCAAUUAACACAGAAAGAUUCAUGAACAUAAUAAGCAGGUUUCACUCAUGAGAACCACUGUGGUCGAGAACAAGAAAUUUGCUGGCUUUAUAGCAGAUAAGUUGAACAAAUCAUCAUCAAAGGUUGUUGUUUGCCUACCACAAAAGGGUAUCUCUGCUUUGGAUGUACCAGGGCAGCCUUUUGAUGAUCCAGAGGCCACUGCUUCUCUAAACGAACUACAGAGGCUGAUCCAAACAAAUGAAGAUCGGAAGGUAAUGGUGUUCCCUCGUCAUAAAAAUGACCCUGAGUUUGUAAAUGCAUUGGUGGACUCGUUUUUAGAGAUUAGUACAAAGAGUUAUAUUAUAUUCAGUACUCCGAAAGUUUCUACUCCUGAAUCGAAUCAACAAGUUCAUGAAAGUUCUGUUUCCAAGAUAUACUUGUCAAGCUCUGAGACUGUUCCACGUAACCUGAGUGACUUCCCAGAUGCAUGACCAGAAACUUGGCAAGGAACUAGAGUGGUAUUGCAGCAACUCAAAGAUCAAGUAAACAGAGGAAUUCCAAUUAUAGGGGCAGGUGCAGGGACAGGCAUAUCUGCAAAGUUUGAAGAAGCUGGUGGUGUUGAUCUGAUGGUGGUUUACAAUUCAGGGCGCUUUUGCAUGGCAGGAAGAGUUUAAAACAAAGAUAUAGAAUUCCGUGUAAAACAAGAGUUUAAAACGAAUGGUUUGAUCGGUCAAAGGAUGAUUUUACUUUGAGGUCCAAGUUAGUUUGGCUAGGAAACUUUUAUUUAUUAAUUAGUUUUCUAGAUUUGUUCGGACACCUAAAUUAGUUAAAGAAUUUAAUUUCUGCACUAUUUA